UUAGGGCGAUAUGAACGGGAUGACAACAGGUGAUAAUGAGGACGAAGACGAAGACGACGACGACGACGACGAGUGCGACGAUGAUCCGCCACGACCGAGCCUCGGCUCGCUACAAUACGCCCUUAUCUUCAACAGCAACUUCCAGCAAAGUGGAUCAGAUUCUAUCCAUCCACCUCAUUCACAGAGGCUUCAUGCUUGGAAGCUAUUCAAAGAAAACGUACACCCUCUUGCUACCAUUUUACACGUACCUUCAGUGGAACCUUUAGUCCUCCAGGCGAUGCAGAACACGCAGAACCUUGCGCCUCGUAUCGAGGCUCUCUUGUUCGUUAUAUAUUUUGGUGCCGUCAACAGCAUUAGCCCAGAUGACUGCGAAUUACAGUUCGGGUCACCGCAAUCUGCUCUGCUGGUAGGGUUCAGGCGGGGCGUAGACAGUGCUCUCGUGCGCUCAAGGAUGAUGGAGACGGACGACAUGCUCAUACUGCAGACGUUCGUCAUUUACUUAGUGAUCUUGCGAUCGGUCGACCCUACAUACUCUUGGAACAUGACCGGUCUAGCCGUUCGACUCGCCCAGGCUCUUGGAAUGCACCGUGACGGAAGGCUUCUGAACCUCAGCCCGUUUGAUGCCGAAAUGCGGCGCCGGCUUUGGUGGGGUAUAUGUAUUCUGGACACUCCCGCUUCAGAGGAAUAUUCGGGCUCGACUGGUGUCUUAGAGCUCAGUAGCUUCGAUUCGAGGCCCCCUCUCAACGUCAACGAUUCCGAUCUGCAUCCUGAUAUGACAGAUGAUCCAGCCGAGUCUCAAGACUUGACGGACAUGUCCUUCACUGUUGCUCGAUGCUGGGCCUCAAAUGUCUGGCGAACCAUGAUUGAUACGCGCAGAGCCGAUCCAGAUAGCGAAAAAAGCUUCCGGUUGAUGACAUUGGCAGAGAGGCAGAGCUGGGUCGACAGAAAGUCGCAGGAGAUUAGUGGCCGAUUUUCUGGUGACACAAACUCGAGGAAGUCGCUUCACCUAUUGUUGAGUUCCUUCACCGGUACCAUCAUCAAAAAUCUUCGCUUCUUAGCUCUUAACCCACUCGAGCCUGGAUCUCAAUUAGACGAUGACCAAAGAAAACGAGUCCUACAGGAUGCAAUCGAAUGUAUGACACAUUCAUAUCGACUACGUACAGAUUCUCUCGUAGCACACUGGUCGUGGCUGACAAAAGGUUACCAUGAGUGGCAUGCGUUCGCUAUCAUAUUAUCAGAGCUAUCCAACCGACCGUUGGUCAGAGAUGCCACCAAAGCAUGGCAGGUUAUAGAACAAAGUGCUGUACUGCGCUGGGAUUCAUCAACGCGACACCGAAAGGUGCACCAGUGGCGGUCGGUAAUGAGAGGUAUUGACAAGGCUAGAAGACGCCGGAAGAAAGAGUUGGGGCGUCGUAAAUCUGCCAAUACGACCCCGUCUUCAACCCUUCCACUUGAAACGGGCCCAGCAAUACAGCAAGGGCUGUCGAACCAUCCACAGGCACAUCAGAGUGACUUCCCUUUACUGGAAAAUGCCUUGAAUCACGAAUUUCAAGUAUCCAUGAGCCAAGCGGAUGAAUUUAUGGGAUCUCUGUUAGGCCCUGUUGAUCAGUGCAAUUUCAGUGGUGACGAUGGGCAACUGUAUUAUCUUUGACAAAAGCCAAGCUACGAUAGAGUAGAUCAAACUUUAAACGCAUCAAAAAAGACUGCAGCAGACAUCUUGACUAUAUAAUAACCCCGUGUACUGAAUUCUGAUGCCGGCUCAACCCGCUGGAUCCGAGGCUUCGGACUACGUCGGUCUGGUGCUCGGGCUCGUUAAGAGACUGACGGGUUUCUGAUGGACACGUCUGGUACAGAUAGAAUGGUACGUCAAGUUCAGCGGCCGCCCCGAAGACAGGUCAGAAUCGGAGGUCAACGUGGUUAGUACAAUCAAUAUGGGCUCUGCCAGUGCUCCGACUAACCCGAGUCCCGGAC